UCAUUUAGUGUUUAAAACACCCCCCCUCUCCACUAAUAUACACACUUCAAAUAAAAAAUAAAAUUUAAUACCAACAAAUACCACCAACCAAACCCUAGUAAGUACUCCCUCUAUUCUUCUUCUUCUUUAGAACCCCUUCAAAUUAUGUUAUAUCAAGUUCCAAAAGAGGUGAAUUCUCCAAGAAAAUGAGUUCAAAUAAUCCUAGUAAUUGCACUGGCGGUGGGAUCACCGCCACGGGCGGAGGAGGAGUUGGUGGUGGAACUAGUGGAAGUAGUAGCACCGGAGGUGGUGGAGGAGGAGGAGGGCCAUGUGGUGCUUGUAAAUUCUUGAGAAGGAAGUGUGUAGCUGGUUGUAUAUUUGCACCUUAUUUUGAUUCAGAACAAGGUGCAGCCCAUUUUGCAGCUGUUCACAAAGUAUUUGGAGCUAGCAAUGUUUCAAAACUUCUCCUUCAUAUUCCUGUCCAUAAACGUCUUGAUGCUGUUGUCACCAUUUGUUAUGAAGCUCAAGCUCGACUCCGAGAUCCUGUCUAUGGCUGUGUUGCUCACAUCUUCGCUCUUCAACAACAGGUAGUGAAUUUACAAGCAGAACUCUCAUACUUACAAGCCCAUCUCGCAACCCUAGAGCUUCCAACACCGCCGCCGCAGCCGCCUUCACAACAAUCUCAGACACUGCUACCGCCACAGCCAGCAGCACUCUCCAUAGCAGACUUGCCAACAGCAGGACCCUCAAUAUUGCCAGCAGCAUAUGAUUUAUCCUCACUUUUUGACCCAAUGGUUCAACCCUCUUGGGCAAUGCAGCAGCCACGGCCAUCGCCUAUGGACCCACGCCACUAUGGCGGCGGCGCUAGAGCUCCGGUAGAGAUGUCACCGUCGACCACCGGAGGCGGCAGCGGCGAUCUUCAAGAGUUGGCACGUGAACUUCUGCAUAGACAUGGAUCUCCUACAGUAGUGCAAUGCACGGAAUCCUCAGCUUUGCCACCACAGACCAAGUGACCAGACUUUGAGAACUGACCUUAUGUUAAAAAGAAAUGAGGGUUUGAAUUUUAAUUAAUCAAAAAUAGGUAAAGUCAUUUCCAUGACUACUCAAUAUCCUUUAAUUUUACCCUAUUUGUAAUUUGUUGAUGAUCCUUCCCUUUUUGUUUGAUGUACUUUUUUGGAAUACUAAUUACAUUCAAUAUUAGUUAGUCUUAGAUAAUGCUUACUUUUAAAUUACUCCGUGUGUGGUAU